AUGACAGAAAGUGGAAAGAGUACGAAGAGGUUUAUUCAGAAUGGGGAAAGGGCGGAGGAGGUGAAGCGCGCCAAGGGGGAUGACCAUCUUCCCAGUGGGGAGGAUGACCAGUUCAGUGAUGGGUGUGAGAAGUUUGAUGAGAUAAAAGCCGCCGCUUUACGUGAAGGGGACGACCCCUCGACGCAAGCCCACCAAACAGAUGGUACGAAGAAGAGCCCAGAGAAGGCAAAAGCAGUACUCAAUGAAGAUAUAAAGAAGUGCAUAGAAAAAAGAAUACCAAAUGUUAGUAGAAACUUACAAGUGGAUCUUUACGUAGCUAUUCCCUCCUCCAUUAUAAACAACAGAAGCGACGUAAUAAAGUCUUAUUUGACAAGCUACUUGGCAAGAAUAUUCACUGUUUUUUCAGUCUCCAAGGUGUAUAUAUAUGACGACCAAAUGAUGAACGAUCGAUUUGAGCGGCGUGAGCAGCAGUUGAACAGUGGAAACUCCACCCAUGGUACUAGUCAUCGGCAGACGACGCACGAAGGGGAUAAGAGCUACCACAACGGUAGGGUUGGCAGUAUGCACCUAGGAAAGAGACCAAGUAGUCAUUCAUCUUCGCAGGAAGGAGAAGGAGACAAAUCAAACCCAGAAUAUUCCUACCUGUGUCAGUACCUACACUACAACUUACAAUAUUUGGAGACACCCCAAUAUUUGAGGAAGCACCUUUUCCCUAUAACGCACUUUUUAAAGCACUCAGGAAUAAUGAAUCCUGUGGAUGCUCCCCAUCACUUGAGAAGCGACGAGUGGCUUCCAUUUCGCGAAGGGGUUGUAGUAAAGAAAAAGUCAAAUGGAGUUAUUGUGGAUGUUGGUCUGUUUGCCCCUGCACAUAUAGAAAAUGUAAAUCAUGUAGAUAUUGGGACGAGAGUUACCGUCCUGUUUCAUCCAAACUCGUUUGUCCUAUUCCAGAGGAGAAAUGCAAAUGUUUUAUUUUCAGGAAAAUUAAUCAACCCCAGUACUCCAAAAUUGUACAAUUUAUAUUGGGGAUACUCUGUCGAGCUGCUAAAACGGCUGAGCGAUGUUUUUGACAUCGACGUAGAUUACAUCGUGGGCACCUCCGAGCGGGGGCACUCCAUGGGCGACGCGACGGACGCAAUCAGAGGAGUCAGGUCCAUCCUCAUUGUGUUCGGAAAUAAGCAGGGGCUUGAAGAUCUGCUCAUCAAGGAGCGCGAAGAGCGGAAAAAAAAAAGUUACGCCAUGGAGAAGAGGAACAAAGUUUUGAGCAAAAUGUUGAAGAAAUUCCACCUAUUCGUUAACACGUGCCCUCACCAGACCUCCAGGACAAUACGGACAGAAGAGGCCAUUGCGAUAACGCUGUCGCUCUUUCAUAACAUUCUCGUGUAG